AUGGCCUUUCGGCUACCACCACAAGCUCCCCGCCGUCAACAUUCCUACUCAACUUCGCAACCCCCUCAGCCUCUCACCCUUGAGGCCCCUCCCAGACUGUCUCAGCUGCCCGAUAAUGAAUCCACCGAGUGGGUGCUCUUCUCUCCCUCUCAACCAUCUGCCGACGCCCGCACGCACACGACCUCCACGGAACGCACCCCAAGAACCGUUGCGCCUUCCCGCCUGAGCGAUUUUGGCUCGUUUGGUACCCCGACACGGUCAGCCUGGGGACCGGACAAUGACGAUGCUGACGAGCCCCUCGAAGAGUCCUUGGAUGAGGACGGUACAGAGUUAGACAGUCUGGACGACGGCUUGCAUGCCUUUCGGGCACCUUCGUUGAACGAAGACCCUUCCGCAAAAUGGGACCAAGGGACACCGGCUGUCCUCCCAGCCCAUGAUGGACUAGGCAGUUUCGAGGCUUCUGCCCAGCCGGUGCAAGACCAGUUGUGGCAGCACGAGCAAUAUAAUCCUCACCGGCGGCCCACGCUAGGAUCCCGGCGGUACUCGAAUGUCCAACGUCAGUUGGACUCAGUAGACGACCAUGAAGCUAUAGACAUGGACCGCGAGCGAUGGCAACGGAUCGAGAAGUGGAGAAUGGAUCAGAGCCGAGUGCUAUUGCAGGAAAUUGAAAAAGAGACACGAAAACGCCGCCAUAGCCGCGCCGGUAGACUGGGGGACUCCAUGGUUUCGCAAACCAGAGUGGCAGGUAUUGACAAUACUCUGGAGAUGUCUAGGGAAGUUGUGUCACCGCCCUCGACAGUAUCAGAAGGGGACGAAAACGAGUCUUUGUGGCGGAAGAUCACCCGAAAAGUCAUCCGGGAUCUCAUUGGAAUCGACGACUCUUUGUUAUUUGCUCUUUUCGGGGAUUCCCUACCAGAGAAUGAGAGAUAUGCAUCUGCUGGGACAGAUGAUGCCGUUCGUAUGAAUGAAACCCUUAACUCGGAGCUGGACUCUGUCCCCGACGAUCACAGUAAUUGGCAGACCAAGCUGCUUCAACGCAUUGCUCAUGAAUUGGGAACACUUGUUAAUCAACUGUGUGAACACCCGGGGGCCUUUACAUCCUAUCUCAGCCUGUCGGACGAGAUCCCCAACCAAUACGCUGGAAUGUCUCUCGGGCCAUUACCAGAAGAAAGUGACUCUCAGGCUCGUUCAGUAUCUGCUGCUCCAACAGCGUCGCAGGUGCCAGCGAGUAAUACCGAUUCAGUGUUAUCUCCACAGUUCUCUCCUACGCUUCGGGAUCCCACCGGCCGAGAGCAUGCCGCACAAUGGGGUAUUGAAGAUGAUGACUUGAAUCGGGAUUCUAAUGCAGAUUCAUUACCCGAGUCCGUGCGCAUCCAGCAGGAGAAGGAGUACUGGGAACGGGAACUGGAUGUGAUGAUGGUCUUCCGCUAUCUUCGCAAUCGCUUCAGUCAACGGGGCAGUAACGCCGAUGCCUACCAGCCCCCUGCGCGCCGACCCCCGCAAGAUGCGUCCCGACGCGCUGCUAUUAUCCGCCAGCAUCACCCGCUGGUGGCACGAGCACACUCCCGCUCUCAGGCGCAAGUUCGACGUCAGUCCCAGCACUCCACCAAUCAAUCCGGCCCAACAGGUAUACCAUCCCCUCUUCUGCGCCAGCAUUUCCGCCGUCCCAGUUCUAGCUGCGGUCAGAGUGCGAAGCUGUCUGCUAUCUCCAGCCGCCGAACUCUUACCGGUUCCAGCCGGAACUAUUGGGACAUUGGCGGCAGUGUAGACAGCGGAAGUGCUAUUGCUCCCGUCGGGGCCGGGGUUGGGUCUUGGGGGGAUGUCUAA